AAAGCCACGACGGACGGCAAUUAACGUAGACUGUCUUUUCUUCCAUCUGUAAUUUCGCCGCAUGGAACGCCAUGGUGUCUGCAAAAUUUCUCUGUUUCUCGAGCUCUGUAAACGGGGAAAAGAAUACCAUUCAUUCCUUUCUUUAACUCGUCAAAAUUGUCUCUUACCCAUUAAUUUCGGAGGGAGGAUUUUGACGGCAAAGUAGAGACCAACAACCAACAGAUUUCCGUUCCGUCAACACCAAAAAAAUCACGUUUAAUACAACGCGCUGUGUUACUUUAAAUUUCUCUCUAAUUUUCAAUUGCGGAAAGUGACAGCAAACUUGACUAGGGUAGGCCCCUGUAUCAGUCCCGCCAAAUUAAGAAGAGAGAGCUUCUGUUGGGAAUUGUUUACCUUCAGCUACUUCUACUUAGACUGCUUUUACAGUGUUCAUGGUGAGGGGUGAGAGGAAGGUGGAAAGAAGAACAAGCAUAAGACAAUGUGAAGGCCAGCUUCGAUUGAUUCAUCUCAUUUAAUGCAUACCCAUUAUUUGAUGUGCCAUGAUUUGGGCUGAGUGGAAUAGUAUCAGCAGUCUGUAAGAAGAUAUAUGAGUGAGCAACUGCAAUGGAUCAUCAUUACACUCUGUUGGAGCCAAAUGUCUGUCAGGGUGCAUUAUUUGAGCUUCAAAUGAGGUUUAAAGGUGGAUCCAGAAGUGGGGCGUUUUGUAUCCAUUUGCAUUGCAUUUGCUGAAACUUUUAACGUUUUGGUUGAUUGGAAUUGCAUGUUGAGUGGGUGUCAUGGAGAGAAUGGUUAAUUGUUGGAGUUGGUGGUUGUGGGUGGUGGUGGCAUUGCUCUGUUUUAAUGUGUUUGUGUGUGAGUGUUCUGGGCUGAAUUAUGGGGAGGCCCUGGGCAAGUGCCUUUUGUUUCUGGAAGCCCAGAGAUCUGGUAGACUUCCUUCAGGACAGCGUGUUACAUGGCGUGACCACUCUGGACUCACUGAUGGAUUGCUGCAGGGUGUGGAUCUAGUAGGUGGCUACCAUGAUGCCGGUGAUCAUGUCAAAUUUGGUCUUCCAAUGGCCUUUACUGUUACAAUGCUCUCGUGGAGUGUGAUGGAGUAUGGCAAUCAGAUUGCUGCCGCAGGGCAGCUGGGAUAUUCAAUGGAGGCCAUCAAAUGGGGUACAGACUACUUUAUUAAAGCUCAUUCGGAGUCCGAAGUUCUGUGGGGAGAGGUUGGAGAUGGAGACACAGAUCACUACUGCUGGCAAAGGCCAGAAGACAUGACAACGUCAAGGCAGGCAUACAAGGUCGAUGCUGCUAACCCUGGCUCUGACCUAGCAGGUGAAACUGCAGCUGCCAUGGCAUCCUCUUCAAUUGUAUUUCGCAAAUCAAAUCCUGCCUAUUCCAAUUUGCUCCUCCAACAUGCCAAGCAGUUGUUUGAUUUUGCUGAUAAAUACAGAGGCAAAUAUGAUAAAAGUAUCAGCAUUGUUGGGAAGUUCUAUUCUUCAGUAAGCGGCUAUGGGGAUGAGUUGCUCUGGGCUGCCUCAUGGAUGUACCAGGCCACUGGAGAUGUAUAUUAUCUCAAAUAUAUUACUGAUAAUGCGGAGUCCUUAGGGGGUACUGGAUGGGCAAUGACAGAAUUCAGCUGGGAUGUCAAAUAUGCAGGCCUGCAAGUCCUUGCAGCCAAGGUCUUGAUGCAAGGUCAAGGUGGGAAGUACAAUUCUACGCUGCAAAAAUAUCAAGCCAAGGCUGAGUUCUUCCUCUGUGCUUGUCUCCAGAAAAAUCCACCAGGUUCUAAUGUUGAUCUUACUCCUGGUAAGCAUCAUAAUGUUGAUCUUACUCCUGGGGGUUUGUUAUAUAUUAGGGAAUGGAACAAUAUGCAAUAUGUCUCUUCAGCAUCUUUUCUGUUAACGGUGUACUCAGAUUACCUAACUUCAGCGAAAAAGCAGCUAAUGUGUCCAUCUGCAGAAAUACAACCAUCAGAACUUCUUAGGCUUGCGCAGUCUCAGGUAGACUACAUUCUAGGCCUCAACCCAAGGGCUACAAGUUACUUGGUGGGAUUUGGCAGUACCUAUCCAGUGCAAGUUCACCAUCGUGGAGCCUCCAUAAUAUCUUACAAGGAGAACCCAUCAUUCAUAGGUUGCACACAGGGCUAUGACACAUGGUAUAAUCGCAAAGAGACCAAUCCCAAUGUUGUUGUUGGGGCUCUUGUGGGAGGGCCAGACAAGAAUGACAAUUUUGAAGAUGAAAGAGGGAAUUACAUGCAGACAGAAGCUUGCACCUACAAUGUUGCUCCUCUUCUUGGCGUCUUGGCCAAACUGAAUGGCUUCCCAUCACAGGGAAAUCUUCCUGUUGUGAUUCAAUCAGACCGGAUCAGAUACAACAGUCCUGUUGGAGCACGGCUACCACCCUCCAUUCCUUAUCCAAAUUCAGGAGUUGACAACUUUGGGUGCCCGAUACAAUUCCUGCACACUGUGGGGGAGUCAUGGAUGAGAAGAGGGAGAAAGUAUUACAAGCAUAAAGUGACAGUCAUCAAUGUUUCCAACAAGCCCAUAACCCACCUCACUCUUUCCAUAAAGAACCUGGCGGGCCCCUUGUUUGGACUACAGCAAUCCAAACACCAUGAUUGCUUGUACGAACUUCCACCAUGGAUGAAGGCUCUGGUUCCCGGCCAUGCUUUCCAUUUUGUCUUUCUUCACUCUGGCCCCCAACCUCAGAUCUCCUUUGUCAGCUAUAGAUGAUAGCAAGAUCAAACAAAGCAGAAAAAGAAAAAGAAAAAUGGAAAAAGAAGCCUGAUAAAAAUGGCAUAAUCAUAUUCGAUCCCUAGCAAGAUUCAAAUUUUAAUAUUGCAGCUGUUGUAGAGUAUUGUUUCAUCUAGAUUUUACUGACCAACUAACCCUCUGACAUGUUCAUGUCAUAGAUAGCAUAUUUAUAUAUAUAAAUAUUAUAUACGGAUGUAUCCAUAAGGAUUUUGUAAGAGAGGAGAUCACUGCAAUAAAGAAAGGGUUAAGCCUAUCACAAUGCAUAGUUUUAUUUCUGUCAGAUAGGGGAAUGGCAUAAGUCACUCCUCUCCCUCUCGAUCAUCUGCUCCAAGGAGGAUUCAAAUGUAAUGAAGACAUAUUUAUUGGGUGUAAUCUACAAUUAAUAAAUAAUAAUAAUAAAUAUAUUUUUGUUGUAUUGUCA